CGUCCUCACUAAGUGCCUCUUCGCGCAGCACCGGCCCCCGCCCCACGCUCACUGGUACCACUACAGCAGGACGGGCCAUGGCGGGUCGGGGAGGUGCAGCGCGACCCAACGGACCAGCCGCUGGGAACAAGAUCUGUCAGUUUAAGCUGGUCCUGCUCGGGGAGUCUGCAGUGGGCAAAUCCAGCCUCGUGCUCCGCUUUGUCAAGGGACAGUUCCAUGAGUACCAGGAGAGCACCAUUGGAGCGGCCUUCCUCACACAGACGGUCUGUUUGGACGACACAACAGUCAAAUUUGAGAUCUGGGACACAGCUGGACAGGAGCGGUAUCACAGCCUGGCCCCCAUGUACUAUCGGGGGGCCCAAGCUGCCAUCGUGGUCUAUGACAUCACCAACACAGAUACAUUUGCACGGGCCAAGAACUGGGUGAAGGAGCUACAGAGGCAGGCUAGCCCCAACAUCGUCAUCGCACUUGCAGGGAACAAGGCGGACCUGGCCAGCAAGAGAGCCGUGGAGUUCCAGGAAGCACAAGCCUAUGCGGAAGACAACAGUCUGCUGUUCAUGGAGACAUCAGCAAAGACUGCGAUGAACGUGAAUGAAAUUUUCAUGGCAAUAGCUAAGAAGCUUCCCAAGAACGAGCCCCAGAAUGCAGCUGGUGCUCCAGGCCGGAACCGAGGCGUGGACCUCCAGGAGAACAACCCAGCCAGCCGGAGCCAGUGCUGCAGCAACUGAGCCCCCCUUGCCUGCCCGCUGCCCCCACCUCCUCCGCCUGACCGACCCGACUGGAAUCCACUCUAACCAAUCGCACUUAACGACUCGGGCUACCACUGGGGGGGCAGGGGGAGGGGUCCGCCAUGAUUUCUCCAUAGAAUUUUGAUCAUAGGCCGGAGUGAGUUAUUCCACCUGCACCUUUCUGUACAA